CCGUCUGUGAGGCUUGCCAGUUGCCAAGCAUCAGCGCGGGGGAAACUAGCGCUGCGAGAUGGACAUUCUCAAGUCGGAAAUCCUCCGGAAGCGGCAGCUGGUGGAAGACAGGAACCUGUUGGCGGAAAACAAAAAAUAUUUCAAGCGUAGUGAACUUGCUAAAAAAGAAGAGGAAGCAUAUUUUGAAAGAUGUGGCUACAAGCCUAUAAAUGAGAAGCCAUCUGGAGAGAUACAGCCAAAAGAGGAGGACCCGAAACCAUUAACUGCAUCAAAUCCAGUAUUAGAACUUGAACUGGCAGAGGAGAAAUUACCCAUGACUCUUUCUAGGCAAGAGGUUAUCAGGAGGUUGAGAGAGAGAGGAGAGCCAAUCAGAGUAUUUGGAGAAACGGAUUAUGAUGCUUUUCAGCGCCUGCGGAAGAUAGAGAUCCUCACCCCAGAAGUGAACAAGGGAUUGAGAAAUGAUCUGAAAGCAGCUUUGGAUAAGAUUGAUCAGCAGUACCUCAAUGAAAUUGUGGGUGGUCAAGAAGCUGGGGAAGAAGACACACAGAAUGAUUUGAAAGUGCACGAAGAAAACACCACCAUUGAGGAGUUAGAGGCCUUGGGAGAAUCUUUAGGCAAAGGCGAUGAUCAUAAAGACAUGGACAUCAUUACCAAAUUCCUCAAGUUUCUCCUUGGCGUGUGGGCUAAAGAACUGAAUGCCAGAGAAGACUACGUGAAACGCAGUGUGCAGGGGAAAUUGAACAGUGCUACUCAAAAACAGACGGAGUCGUAUCUCCGACCACUGUUCAGAAAGUUAAGGAAAAGGAAUCUUCCUGCUGACAUUAAGGAAUCGAUAACAGAUAUUAUUAAAUUCAUGCUGCAGAGAGAAUAUGUGAAGGCUAACGAUGCAUAUCUGCAGAUGGCCAUUGGAAACGCCCCUUGGCCGAUUGGUGUCACUAUGGUUGGUAUUCAUGCCAGAACCGGGAGGGAAAAGAUCUUCUCCAAGCACGUUGCACAUGUGUUAAAUGAUGAAACGCAGCGGAAAUAUAUUCAGGGAUUGAAGCGGUUAAUGACCAUUUGCCAGAAGCACUUUUCCACAGACCCGUCCAAGUGUGUGGAGUACAAUGCGCUGUGAGACUGUGUGGCACAAACAGCACACGAUGGCACGGGGCAGGCUGCGGACGUCGGGAACUGCUGAAAGGAAGGGGGGAAGAAGACAA